AGAACCUUGAGAACAGCUGGACUCAGUACUCUUGCCCCAGGAACGAAGACUAAUCUGAAGAGUUCACACCUAAAAUCAUGCCAUCUGAAAAUGAACAUUUGUUUUAUGAUAAAAGGCAAAUGAAUUUGUUAAAGCACAAUGCUACAAAGAAUUUUUCUACAGAUACUACUUUGGAGAAAGCAUUGGUGAAUAAUUCUUUAAGUAUGGUGACUCAAGAAGCAAUUGCAGAUGUCAGUCUCUCCUAUGAACUAAAAAAUGUGAAAAUUGAUCUACCCAAGGUGAACAUUCCAAAUGAAGUAUUAAUGAAACACGAAGUUGAUAGAUUUCGAAAACUCUUUCAGUGUAAAGAGCAAACUGCAAGGAAGUCCUUAAGUUUAGAGAAAAUAAACGGAAGCAAUCCCAAUUGUUCAGAGGAAACUCACUUGCAAAAUAAACCAGAAGUGCAAUUUGAAGAAGGGUUGAAAACUGCAGCAAAGAUACUGAAUUUCACCUGUAUGAAGUGCAAGAAUAAUGUUAGAUACAGCCCAAAUGACCUGCAGAAACAUUUUCAGCUGUUACACUAUGGCGAGUUGCCUUCCUAUCCUUGUGAGAUGUGUAAUUUCUCGGCUAAUGACUUUCAGUCUUUUAAGCAACAUAGACGCACCCAUCGUAGCACUUUAGUAAAAUGUGAGCUCUGUAAUGAUGAGCAUACGUACACUUUGUUGGAUUUGACAAAACACUUCACGUCAGAGCAUUGUGUAAAUGGUCACUUUAAAUGUGAAAAAUGCGGGUUUUCUACCCAGGACGUGGGUACAUUUGUUCAGCACAUUCAUAAACAUAACGAGUUUCCAUAUAAAUGUGGAAAAUGCCAUCACAUAAGCUUUACAAAAGAGGAGUUCCAGGAACAUCAUCUUGUUCAUACCAGUACGUUUCCUUUUGUUUGUCAAUACUGCAAUUACAGAGCACCACAGAAGGAUUGUCUUUUAAAACACAUCAUAGCUUUGCAUAGAGACCACUUAUAUGCAAAAGAAAAACUGGAAAGGCAGAAAUGUGAAAAUGGAGUAGUGAAGACUCCAGCAGGACUGAAACUUGUGUUAAGAAGGUAUAAAACAGGAGCAUCUAAAAAGGCAUUCUGGAGGCGGGAAAAUAUAAGCGAUAGUAGUGACAAAACUGGAGAAAACCUGCAAGUACUAAGAAGUGUGAAUGAAAAUCAAACAAAAGCUGAGGAGCGGAACCAGCGUACGAGUGAUAUGGAAACAAACGAAGAAAAAGAUCAAACUAUGUAUAUGGAAAAGCGGAAUUUUGUGAGUGGAGUGCUCUCUGCUACUGCUGCACAAUACAACAAAGCGGAUGAUGGAACAAGUUACAGUUUGGGAUUACUGAGAAAUGGGGUUCAUGGGCCAACAGUAUUGAUGGUCAGAAACAAUAAAAUAUCUGUUCCAGCUAAUUACAGUGCUAAAUUUAUGGGAUUUAAAAUCGUUGAUGGGAAACAACAUAUUGUUAUAAAAUUAUUACCUACAAGUAAGCAAAACAUACAUUUGAUGAGUCAGAAAGCUGAUCCUGUUAAAGAUGGUUCUACAACUCCUUUGCUACAGACUGCUGAUCCCUGUGGCUUGUCUUCAGGUGCUAUACCACAUGUAACUGAUCAGCCAACCUUAAAGAACAAUUCUGUUCACCCAUUAGUCUCUCCUCCAUUUUCUUGUUCUGCUCCUCAUUCAGCAAAAGUGGAAAAACAAAAUAGUUCCUUAUUGUGUAGUAGGAGUGUUUCUCAAACUGUAGCACCUUCUGAUGUAGCUGUAGGGAAAAGUUUGAAUUAUUUGCCAAUGAAGUUGAACUCAACUAUACCUCCAUGUGAUGAGGUGACAAAAGUUGAAACUCGAAGUAAUAUCUUGUGGGGAAGCUAUAAUCCUUCACGUCAUCCUCAGGUAUUACCACCUACUAUUACAAAUACACUUCACUAUGAUUCUAUGAAAAUGCCCUUCUUUCCUGAGCAGAAAAUACAAAAUGGUGGCCUGAAUAAUAGUAAUGGAACUGAUAAUCUCUGUUACUCAACUUCAGUGGACUCUUCAAAUGAGGGGUUGUUGUCUUUUCACAACUAUUCCAAAAUGGACGCUUCGGAUAAUCCAUGUAGCAUUUGGAUGUCAACUGAUGACAGACACAAAGAAUUUUUGUCUAGCAAAACAGUUUCUUUGCAAAACAGUAGGACAGAUGAGUCUGCAUCUUCAUAUUCAGAGUUGGUGAAGGGCUUAAAACCAGAGAAAAUUGUAUCAGCCCAGUCAAAUAUUUAUAAAACUUAUGGACACACAGAAACUAAGAGUAACUCUUUGUCUUCUAAAAGCCAAUCUAAAUAUGUUGUUGAUGGCAAGUGUUUUAUGGAGGAUCAGUAUAAUGGCCAGCAGUAUUUGGAUGGUAGCAUACACCAAGGCUUUGAGAACAUAGCUGAAAAAUUCCAAGAAAAUGCUUCUGAUUGUGUUAACUCGGCCUUAAUGCCUAAAAUCACAUCUGUUUUCUCAUUGCAGAGUGAACAGGCAGCUAAUUAUUUAACACCCGAAAUAAACCAGUUGCUGCAAGAUGUGUUACAAGUGAAAGCCACUAAGCAAGAAUCCCUCAGCAAGUCAAGUAACAGUGUAAAACGUCAUUGUGACAAUUUGUGCUCUUGUCACAAGGCAGGGAAUAGAGCCUUUACCCAUUUAAAGACCUCGGCAACUGCCUGUGGUUUUCAGAGGCCUCCUUCUAAUGUAGGCUUUAGUUUAUGUAAGAGAGAAUUGAACACAAGGUGUAGCACAAAUGAAGGUACACAUUGUGGGAGAGAAAGACAGACACCCAGAACAUCAUUUGAUUCACAGGGAAUGGAUAAAUUGUCCAGAUGUCUGGGUGUUGGUACGUUGUUAAAACCUCAUACAGAUGCAAUCAUAGCACAGCAGUUAGUAAAAGAUAAAAUGCUGUCUACAACCCAGAAUACUAAGGGCUUCUCACCAGUUCUUCAGGAACAGAAGAAAACUCUUUUAGUUCACUCACCUCCAGCAGGAGUUUUUGUUCCUUUGCACCUUGCUAGCCGACCUGGACUACAGGUGGUUUCAGGAAGAUCUCUUCCAUCAACCAGUUCUUCAGAAGGGCGUGUGACUAAACGUCUGCCUGCAUCUUUUGUUUUAAAUAAAGGACCUGGAAUGAUUUUGACUUUUGGUGGGGCAAUUGGAACAGUUGCAGAUGUCCCUAGUGAUAGUUCUCAGGUUUUAGGGAGAGUUGGAUCUAGAGAAUAUGGUAAAAUAACCAUACCAGCUUCAAAAGUGGAAGGGACAAAUGACAGUUCUGAAAGCAUAAGAAGUUCCUGUAAUAGGAGACCAUGUAGUACAGCAAAUGUCUCAUUGAAUAGCAUGCCAUUCAGAGGACCUCUUGUAUUCACAAACUCAUCAGAGUCAUCUGUGAAAGGAAUUUCUUCUGUGAAGGUGUUACCAGAGCAUCAGGAUACUGUCUUUGGUUCCUUGGAGUCAGUAAAGCAACAGGAAACGAAACGGAAACAACGUGUUUAUGCACUUUUGCCCAAUGGACAGCAAGCAGUUUUUCUGAAAUGUUUGACACCAAACAAACCUGUUGUUUGUAAACAUAGUGUUUUUCAGGAUAGUGCUCAUUAUCAAAGUUGUCAACCAAAGAAAACUGGAGCCAUGCAACAAAAGCUUUUGCUGAAAAUUAAGACUUCUAUGUCAGAUACCCUGGCUGAUAACACUCAGUCAGUAAGCAACUCAGUGCCCUCACUGCAGUUGGAUAACUUGCAGUCCCUUACUUCUGCACUAGCACAGAAACAAACUGAUCUUACUUCUAAUGAUGCCUUAAUCUUACCAGGUAGAUUAAUGCCAGCAAAUGCCUCUUUGGCGAGCUCCAAUCCAGCGUGUUUUGUUCCUCCUGUAGAACCUGUUUAUCCUACAAAAUCUGCAGGGACGUGGUUGCAGCAGGGGUCUAUGGAGAGUACACAAGUAGUAACUGAUAACAACAGGAGUAACUUUGGCAGUCAGAAGUCCACAUGGAGCAUGCGAAACAGAACUGCAAAAGUAAAACCUCAUUUAAAACAAACUGGGUCUAAAAGUUCAGAAACUGUGGAUGUACAAAGAAACAAGAAUUACAAACGGAAAAGUAAGGAUAACCACCCAGCACCUCCAAGAAAGAAAGUAAUGUUGCACAGAAAGCGUAAGGAAAAGAAUCAACCUGAAGUUUUUAGUGAAUCGGCUGUCCUUUACAAACCAAGGGCAUCGAAAGAAACUGUGAGGACUUUGAAAUUACUUCCUUUUAAUUCUAAACAGCUUGUAAAGUGCCCUCGGAGAAAUCAACCAGUGGUUGUGCUCAACCAUCCUGAUGCAGAUGUUCCAGAAGUUGUAAAUGUGAUGAAAACCAUUGCUAAAUUUAAGGGACAUGUUCUUAAGGUUUCAUUGUCAAAAAGAACUAUCAAAGCACUUCUUCAGCCAGCCGUCUGCAAUCCUUUGAGCAUAACUACUAAUGGUCUUUCUCAAAAGAGGCGCAGGACAAUAAAACCUAUUAGCCCUGUAAAAGAAAGAUUUGUCUUAAAAUUGACACUGAAAAAGACUAGCAAAAACAAUUACCAGAUUGUGAAAACUACCUCUGAUAAUACCUUGAAAGCUAAGUUUAGCUGCUGGUUUUGUGGUAGAAUAUUUGACAAUCAGGAUACUUGGGUAGGACAUGGACAGAGGCAUCUGAUGGAGGCUACUCGAGACUGGGAUUCAUUAACAUAGUGAUGACUAGUGAAGAAAGUAUCAUACCUGACAGAUUUUUAAAAGAGAAUCAAUUGAAUUGGGAUACACAAAUAAUUUGGGUCUGAAUUUCAGUGUUGUAACUGAAGUUUAGAAAUGAUGCAAAGUGCUUGGGUUUUAAAAGGAAGAGCGGAUUCUUUAUUGCCACCAGGCUUUGAAAUAGAUCAAGGAACUUUGUGGUUUAGCUAACUUGUAACAAACUGCAAAUACAA